AUGUCCCAUGGAAUUGGAUGGGAAAUCUUCGGGAAAUUGCUUAACAUCGCUAAAAACAAACCCUCUUUGGGGCCAUGCUUUGGAAAAAACUGUAAGUGCGACUCGAGUCGGAGUCUCAAACUUCAGUUCCCAUUUAUCAGUGAGUACACCAGCUCAGAGAAGCGGCUGAUUGUCAAAGCCUUGCAGGGCUUCCACAGCACAACCUGUAUCCGCUUCGUACCCCGUAACAACGAGACCGACUGCAUCAGCGUGGAGAACAAGUAUGGAUGUUUCUCCUUUCUGGGCAAAGUGGGAGGCAGUCAGGUUCUCUCUCUGCAGAGGUCGGGCUGCGUCUCCUACGGCAUCAUCCAGCACGAGUUCAACCACGCUCUGGGCUUCUGGCACGAACACACCAGGAGCGAUCGCGACAACUACGUCAGGAUCAAUUGGGCCAACAUGAACCCUCAGAUGGCCUUCAACUUCAACAAGCAGGUCACCAACAACCUGAACACUUCCUACGACUACAGCUCCAUCAUGCACUAUGGAAGAACAGCCUUCUCCAUCAACGGGCUGGACACCAUCACCCCCAUCCCCAACCCUAACGUUCAGAUCGGCCAGAAGCAGGGCUUGUCCUCCAUGGACAUCAUAAGGAUCAAUAAGCUCUACAGCUGCUAA